AUGGUCAUCAGAGAUUGGUAUGCCCAAGCAGUUUUGCUCAUAGCUCCUACCUCGAUGUUCCUCUCCGAUAUGCUUUGCGCUUUGGAGGAUCCCGAUUGUUUGCCUUCACCAGAAGCAUUAUCUGCUGCUUCAGCUCAACACUUGAGUGUCGACAACACCCUGUCACAGCUAACAGGAUAUCCCCUUUUCCUGGAAUGCCAAGAAAACGACCCCACUAGUGCAUCCUAUGCUAUUUAUUUGUUGCAUAAGGCAACUGACAGAGGGCAGGCCAUGGGCAUUGAGGUCGAGGCAAAGCACGAUGCUUGGUGCAGCAUCAAGAAAACGCUAAGGUGUUCUAUCAGAACAAGCUGGAGAUGUGCCUCUGAACAUUGGGCAAUAUUCAGCCUAGUGCUACUGCUCUACCUGCUGUACAAGUACACGCCGGGUUUCUUCGCUUUCCUGCUUUCCACUUCUCCGCAAGAAGUUGCUACGGAAGAGUACAUGAAAUAUAAUGCAGAAAAAGAGUCUAAAGGUGCAUUUUCUAGCAAGGAUGAGUAUGCCAAUUCAUUCAAUGACGUGCAUCGUAAUACAGUUGACGGGGAAGAGGCCACCCUAGGCCUUUGCUCUUCAAGUGAGAAUGUCAGUGAGGAUGUUAAAGUGGUGGCAAAGCCAGAUGGUCAAGGGACAGUAUCUGCAGAUGCACAGAGUGGUGAGGUGGCAGAAGUUUCAGACCAUAAGUCUGUUGAUGGAACUCCAGGUAAAUGCAAAUGGGGUCGUGCUGUUUCCGUGCGCCGGAGGAAGAAGCUUGCUGAUAUAAAGAUUGAGGCUAUUAAUUCUGUUGUGGACAACCAAUUAGACCAUUCUCUAUGCUCGCCAUUCGAUACAUUUGGCAGCCAUGAUAACAGUUCAUCAGGUUUUGACCCUGAUAAUGCAGAGAGACACUCUCCUGAUGUUUCUAUGACAGUCACUGCUCCGGUGCUUGAUGAGACAGAGACGGGCCCUCCUUUGGGUGUUGAUUGCUCUUGCCAUGAUCUCGUUACUACUGAUGAUUCAGACAAUCAUUUCAACAUAUCUUCUUCUCAACCACAGAGUGUUAACAAUGAAGUGGCUGACAAUAGCAAGGCCAAAGAUGAUGGUGAGGAGAAGGAUGAUGCUGGAACUGAGCCUGCACUUCUGUGGACAGGUGACAACGAGAAGAAUGUCAUGGAUCUUGGGUACUCCGAAAUCGAACGGAACCGUCGGUUGGAGACACUGAUGGUGAAGAGAAAAUCAAGGAAAAACAUACAAUUUGACCCUGACAGCAUGGGCGGUGUAGCAGAUGAUGUAUCACGAUUCCGUCCCCACGUUCAGCCUAUUUCAGUUUCAGCACGAAGGAUGAACCUCUUUGCUGAUGAUGCAGAAAUUCCAGGCUCGGCUCCUCCUAUUCUGCAUCCACGAGACAAUAAUCCCUUUGAUUUCCUUACUGAUGAACAAUCAGACGACAGUGGCCUCCCUGCACCCGAUAAUCUGGAACCCCAGGAACCGAUGCCAGUGCCGCAUCAAGACGCGGUCUUCAGAAGGCACGAGAGCUUCAGCUUCGGCAGGCCGCCUCAGAGUCAGAGACACGGACCCAGCAGGUUCAAGCCAUGCUUUGCCCUGGAGGAAUUCAGCCUUGACGAAGCGAGCGCGAGCAGUUUCCAGAGGCAGUUCAGUGACAGGAGCGUGUCAAGGCUGAGCGUCGUCUCCGAGUGCGACACGGUCUCUUCAGUCGGCGAUCAGGAGCACAACGACCUCAUACGGAGCUACAUCCGCGGGGUGCGCGAAUCAUCGCCGAGCCUGCUAGGACAGGACGGCGGCGAUGGCGACGCUGUGUCUGUGUGUGCUGGAAACGAGUGCUCGGACGGGAUCGGCUUCGUGGACAAUGAGGCUCUGAAUGCUGUCAUCUGCUGA